UGUCUGCCAUCGGGCAGAUUUCCCUUCAAUUCUUGUCCCAUAGCUAAAACAGGAAAUGAGAGUAAAAGUGAGAGAAUCCUUGCUUGUCACCAGGAUCACCAGAAAUAACGUCCCCAUUGGAAGAUAUCCGCUCUAUCCCUUUUCUGGUGACAGCCCGAAAUUUGGGAUUUGCUUAACUCCUACCCAGGGGAGGACUGACAUCUCAUGGGGCCCCCAGGCAAUAAGGGAUCAUGGGGCCCCUGUGUCCUUGCCCAAACUCAAAAAAGCCUAUGAAAAAGGUACCAGGGGCAUCUCAUGGUGCCCCCUACUGACCCCCGGCCCUUGGGCAGUGCCCGAGUUUCCAAAUGGUCAGUCCGCCCCUGGUUGC